GCGAGUGAGAUUCAAUAGACCGAACGCAUAUCCUCCACGCUUGGCUGGUGUCUACUUCUCGCCAUCACAGGAACAGCUGCGCCGCGGUGUAUUCUCGUGGCAUCCUGCUUCUCCGCCGGCGAUUUCAUCCUGGCCAGCGCGGCUACAACUUCGGACCCUCGAAACUCUCGGGACCAAGCUUUAUACUUACUGCGGCCGGACUUCCAGCGAGGAAACGUAGCAACUCGCCCAUCACAUUCGCACUUCGCCCAAAUCUUGCCGUCUUCACCACAGCCCAAUAGAGACAGCCUUGCGACCCCGAAUCCGACUGAAGCGCACAUGUGCAGAGCCCGAUGAGCCGUUGAUUGAGCUGCCACGUCAGCUAGCGACCGCCAUCAUGGCACACACACGGAGUCCACGAAGGACACGCUUACGUUCCAUCAUCACAUUUACGAGCUUAUUCGCCCUGUCAUGGCUGCCUUCAGCGUUCGCGGCGGCGAAGUCUGCAGCAGACUACUAUGUCAGCGAUCUUCCGGGAGCACCAGAACCGAAGCUCGACACGUGGGCAGGACAUCUGGAGAUUACGCCAGAACAUCAUGGGAAUCUCUUCUUCUGGUUGUUCAAGAACAGGCAUAUUGCGAAUAAGCAGAGAACAGUGCUAUGGCUGAAUGGAGGGCCAGGCUGUAGUAGCAUGGAUGGCGCCCUGAUGGAGAUAGGGCCAUACAGAGUGACAAAAGACGGGAAACUGCGACUGCAAGAUGGGAGCUGGGACGAGUUCGCAAAUGUGCUCUUCGUCGAUCAACCCGUGGGCACGGGCUUCAGUUAUGCGGACACCAACAGCUACGUUCAUGAGAUGGACCAAAUGGCCGAUCAGAUGGUGCAGUUCCUCAAGGCUUUCUUUGAGAUAUUUCCGGAGCACAAGAACACCGAUCUUUACAUCGCAGGUGAAUCUUAUGCGGGCCAGUGGAUUCCCUACAUCGCACAUGCGAUCUUGGAACACAACAAGAAGAACCCGAGCGACAAAUGGAACCUCGAGGGCCUCAUGAUCGGCAAUGGCUGGAUCUCUGGACCUGAGCAGUACAUUUCUUUCCUUCCCUUCGCCUAUGAGAACAACCUGAUCACAGCGGGCUCGGACACAGACAAGAAGGCACUCGAACAGCAAAAAGCGUGCAUCGCUGAUCUGGAUGCUGGGGCCAAAGACCACGUCGACAGCGGGAUCUGCGAGAACAUUAUGCAGUCACUUCUACGCGACACACAGAACAGCAAUGGCUGCCUCAAUAUGUACGACGUCAGGUUGAGGGAUUCGUACCCAAGUUGUGGCAUGAAUUGGCCUCCGGACUUGGAGUGGGUGAAGCCGUACUUGCGCCGAGAUGAUGUCAAGCGCGCUCUUCACAUCAACCCGGACAAGAAGACUGGAUGGGUGGAAUGCAACAACCAAGUCUCAUCUGCUUUCAACGCACGCAAUUCGAAGCCAUCAAGAGCGCUCCUCCCAGGCCUGCUCGAGAAAGUUCCAAUUCUUCUGUUCUCGGGUGACAAGGAUCUAAUCUGCAACCAUGUGGGCACCGAGAACAUCAUCAACAACAUGGACUGGAACGGCGCCAAAGGUAUGGAACUUUCGCCAGGCGUUACAGCACCACGAAGAGACUGGACUUUCGAGGGCGAACCGGCCGGUUUCUAUCAGACCGCCCGAAAUUUGACCUACCUUCGCUUCUACAAUGCUUCGCACAUGGUCCCAUUCGAUUACCCCCGUCGCACCCGAGAUAUGCUUGAUCGAUUUAUGGGUGUGGACAUUGCUUCUAUCGGCGGCACUCCAGCAGACUCACGAAUCGACGGCGAAAAAGGCAAGGAGGUCUCUGUUGGCGGACACCCCAACAGUACUGCGGCCCAGGAAGCCGAGGCGGAGAAGGUGGAAGCCGCGAAGUGGUCAGCAUAUCAACGAUCAGGCGAGAUCGCACUUUUCAUCGUCGCUGUCGCAGCGGCUGUGUGGGGAUUCUUCAUCUGGCGUGACCGCCGGAAACGAAAAGGCUACAAGUCAGUCUUUGGCAUGGAGCCUUUCGACGAUCGUGGACCUAGCGGCGGCCUUGGCUUGGAUCAUGAUGCGAGACGAGCCGAGCGUGAUGUCGAGGCUGCGCGAGACUUUGACGAGGCUGAGCUGGACGACAUGUCGCAUGCGAACGGCAGACACAAGGAAGAGCGGUUCAGCUUGGGAGAUGACGAGGAAGAAGACGAUGACGGGCGGCAGUACGGUCGACCUGCUAAUGGACAUGCCACAAAGUAGACUGUUGUUACUGCAUAUGUAAGAGUUGUUCAGCAUAUUUUGCAUAUAGUUGGGCUAUUUGCAAAUGAGAAAUGUAUCAAGACCUCGGUCUCUUUCCGGACGCGCAGA